AUGACUUGGCCAACGACCACGAUUUUCGAUGCGGUGUUCAUCCCGCUGUACGCCAUCGUUGGAGUGUUGAAUUUGGUCAAUGUGGUGCGUCACGGACGCGGGCGCACUGUGGGAUUCAUCUCGCUCCUCAUCUUUUCCCUCGUCCACCUGGUGGGCAACGUCAUGCUUGUUGUCGAGUACAAGACCAACUAUGCGUCGAUCACCGCUACAGUGUGGGGCUACAUUCUUCAGUCCAUCGGACUUUCGUUCCUCGUGUCGUCAUCAAUUGGAUUCUACACCCGAGCAUGCGGAUUGCUGGAUGCAGACGACAAGACGGGCCGCGUGGCUAAGCUGCUGAAUCUCGUCAACCUCGCAGCGCUGGUCUGCGUCAUUACGGGAUACACCAGCACAGACUUUACCAAUGCGCAGGGCGAAAUGAUCAACCCCAAACUACCGGUGCAGACCAAAGUUGGAGCCCUGCUCUACGUGGGAUUGAUCGCCGUCAUUGCCGGGCUGGCAGCGGUGCGCCUGGCAAGAGCCAGCAUCGGUGAAGCCAAACUCAUCAGGCUGGCCUUGCUCGUCGCUCUGACGUUCAUGCUCGUAAGAGCAGGAUACGCAGUGUACGCCACUUUCAAGGGGACGAUUCUCGUGCCUACCAACGUGUGGGUCAAACUCGUGCUGCAGUACAUCGCCGAGUUCCUCGCACUCGCCACGUAUACCGCCCUCGGAUUCCUGCUGGACCGAGCUCCACAGGCAUCCGAAAUCCAUCUCGAGGAGGCGGCAAGCGCAAGUUUUACCAGGGACUCUAGCUCGACCGAUGGCCACUGGCAGAAAGUGCCCAUCACCUACGUCCAGCCUCGCAUCCCGCCACCACGCGCUUGA